AUGCUGGGGGAAACUGGGACCAUAGUGUGUGUGCAAUGCCCCCUCCCCGCGUUACCUGUUGGUGGCGCGGUCGGAGCCCGGCCCGGGGCUCCCCCGGUCGGCGGCCGGUCCGGCGGGGCCCGCAGGAGCCGCGGAGGCCGCGGAUGGGCGGGAGCGGGAGAAGGGAGGGAGGGAGGAGGAGAGGGAGGUGGGGUCUGGGAGGAGCCGGAGCCGCAGGAGCGGAGAGAAAAAGAGAAGGGCGAGGCGGGGGCGCAGCGGGAGCGAGGGCGGAAGGAGAGGCCGGGAGGCCGCAGCUCCCCCGCCCGCAUCGCUCAGGAUUUCUCAUUCCCAAACCUUGGCUGGAUGGAGGAAGAGGCUGUGAGGAAGAGGAAGAUGCCCCAGGACACCCAGACAGAUGAACAGGAGUGUCCAGUCCCAUAGGCCGAGAUGACACAAUGAAUCUCUGCAGUUCCUGCAAAGUAGAGCCUAAACCGUUAAACAGUUUUGCUGAUUAACC